AUGUCGUCGGCGAGUAGAAAGGUUGUCUCGGCCACGACGGCCGAACCUCCCUCCAAAAAGCGCAAGAUGGACGCCUCGGAGCAAAAGUACUACGCCGUCCGCGCGCGCUUCAAGCCGGGAGUCUACACGAGCUGGGCCCAGUGCCAGCAGCAGAUCGCCGGCUUCAAGGGGGCGCAGUAUGCCGCGGCAUUCGCGGCAGGACGCAGCCCAUCUUCGGCAACGAGCGAUAACAAGCCGCCGCGGUUCUAUGGCGUGGCCGUUGGUCGGAAACCAGGCGUGCACACGGAGUGGUCGGCGGCGCAAGAGGCAAUCAUAUGCACCGACACAGGGGAAUACAGGGUCCGAUACGUCGGCUUCGGCGCGCUCGGCCUGGGCUGCCUGCAUUUCGCAUCGCCCCGCCCAACCCAGCUUAAAAUGACCAAGCAGGCCCCGGAAAAUUAUUUUGACGUGGAGGAUAUUUUGAGCGUGAAGGUGAAGUACUGGCAUUUCGACCCCCGGCUGCAGCAGCAGUUCCACGAGGAGAAGGGAUCGGUGGAGGCAUGGAUCGCGCGGGAGAUACGGGACCUUGAGACCGCCCCGGAGGGACGUCCGCCGUUCAACAGAGGAUGACGAUAGGGUGUUGAUGUAUAUUGAUAGUUAGUAGUUUGUACGAGAUAUUGCGGAUUAGGCG